AUGUCCACACUCCUCUCUUCUCCAACGGCACAGGCGAGCGCAACCAACAAUGGCAGCCACCUGGCAUCGCCUGCAUACGCCAAUGUCAGCCCGUCUUUGGGUCCUAGCGACCCCGGUGCCUCGCGUGUAGAAAGGGCAUCAUCGGCCAUUGAGACGGAGCACAGCGCGCAGGUUGAGCAGCAGGGACAGCGCCAGGCCGAUCCACCAGAAGGGCGCAAGCUGGAGGCUCCCCAAUGGCUCUUCAGGCCGGCAGACAUGGAGCAUACACCCAGCGCAAAGGCUGGUAUGAGUCAAGAGACGGAAAGGUACCUCCGGGCAAAGGGCGUAGGAUUGAUCUUUAGGACGGGCGAAGGGUUGCGCGUGUAAGUUCGCCUGCCAAGUGCGCCCGCAUACGAGAAGCGCAUUUCCUUGUGUCGCCGACUUUGCCGUUGAAGCUGAUGAGCAUCCGCACUCUCACUUCUGCAGCGGCAUGAAUGUCAUGGCCACAGCCGCCAUCUUCUUUCAUCGCUUCUUCAUGCGCAAGACCAUCUUGGCACCUGGCGAUCACAGGCGGAAUCACGUCAACUCUGGCUCGAUGGACACGCGUGCGCCAGAGAGCUUCAGCGUGCAUGUGAGCGAUCUUCGCACCCCUCUUGGCUCCUUUCUGUCGCUUUCUGCUCGAAGACCUCAUUCGCAAGCUGAUUCGAACGCAUCUCGCCUGCCGCCUCUUUGGACCUUCUAGGAGGUCGCCCCAGCAGCGUUGUGGCUCGCCUGCAAGGUGGAGGAAUCACAUCGGAGGACGGAUAAGCUGGUGACUGUCACUAUGGCUGUGAAUGACAAGACCAAAGAGGGCAUGAGGGCUGCCGAGAGAGGCAACUACACCGUCGACGUCGAGGGCAGGGUAAGUUCUUUGUUUGACGAGCAGGCAUUGUCAGUGAGCCCGCGAUUGCUGACUUGCUUGCGCUGCGCGUUGCACCCCGAGCCUCUUAGGAAUACGCCGCAUGGAGGGAAAGUAUAUGCUAUUGCGAAGCGGCAGUCCUGGAAGCGCUUUGUUUCGACCUCAUCAUCGACGCCCCUCAUCAACAUUUGAUCCAGGGCUGCAAAGCACUCGGCGUGGACAGAGAUCUGACACUGCUCAGCGUGGCACUGAUGAACAACUGGUAAGCACGUAGGCUGCUCACUCUUCAUCGAGCGCGUAAUCGAAAUGGCAAGCUGGCUGACGCUCACCAAUCGACGCACACACCCUCUCCUCGUACAGCCUUUACAAUGCGGUCUGCACUUUCUGGGAUGCCCCCAUUCUUGCUGCUUGCGUGUUCUACGAGGCGUGCGCAGCAGUGGGGCUCCAACCUGAAGAGUUCCAGCUUCAAAGAGGUUUCCGAGCGCCAGGCAUCGACGAACCUAGUCAGGGAUGGCUGGACGCAUUCGACGUCGACGAGAGCGAGCUGCAAGGUGAGCGGCGCUGUCUCUACGACUUCAAGGGCUGCCGAAUGCCUCUAUCGCCAUGCUAAUGUUGCGCUGCUCAAAUCCGCAUGCUGCCCUUGCCGAUCAGAGGCACUUCCAUCCGUCUCCUCAUACCUCGCUUUCUACGCGCAGCAACAGAGGGAACUGCAAGCUCAAGCUCAGGCGCACGCAGCGUUAGCAUCAGGAGGCUCUCAACCCCACUCCGAGCCUCCGGACAGCGCUGCGCAACAAGCGGUUGAGCGCGUGUCUGGCCAAGGGACGCCUAUUCCACCCGUCACGCCUCUGGCUACCCGUACGCCCGCGGAAUCGGCCAGCAAUACGCCGGGUCAUCCCUCUGGAAGCAUGCUUAGUGCGCUUCGACAAAGCACUCUACCAAGAGAGACGACGACAACGCCUUCGAAUGUGCAAGCGCGUUUUGAAAUGACAGGCAAAGAAGGGCUUGAUGGCUCCAACACUUCGCUUCAUGAAGGGAUGGAGGAGAGGAAGAGCGCGCUGAACACCAGACCUCCUUCAAGGCAUGGCCUGGGAAGACAUUUGGCGCCCUUUGGCGCUCCCAAAGAAGUGGCCUCAACUGGCCAAUCGUCGGCGCCAACGCAGCAUACAUCGCCCGCUACAGGUCCUGCUCGCCCGGACGAGGCUCCUCCGCCACCCAUGCUCAAAGAGCCGCGCCCCGCAUCUGAAAGUCCAGAGGAAGGUGAGGCGGACUAA